AGGAACGGAAGCUCAACCGGGGGAACUCCAAUUAGCACCCGUGGCCGCACAUAAUGGACGUCAUCAAAACACCCUGUUUCUCCUUGUCCUCCAUGUGAUGAGCCCGGUGUUGCUCUGUAUUCUUCUUCCUCUUCCUCUUCAUUUCCUCCACCGCUCGCUCACCUCUUCUUCUCCUCCCCCCACUCCAGCCAUGAAUAUGAUCGUCAGAAGCUGCUAGCAUCAUCUGCCGCCUCAACUUCGUCACCUCCUCCUCUCCAUUCUAUCCCCGCGCAGCUGCCCCAGCUGUAUAUAUCCCCGCGCCCAAUUUGGUCCCUCCCUGGUGUGGGUGAGGUCAGCUGUUUUAGCGCAGCGCAGCGCGCGGGCGGGCGGCGUGGCAGCAAAGGAAGCAAGGAGAACAGCGGCGGCGGCGUAGCAUGCGGCGGUGAGGGAGGGAGGAGGAGGAAGAGGGAGCCGCCGAGAGAGCGAGAGCCGGAGGAUGAUGCAGCUGCCGCAGCAUCACAAGCCCUCCGCCCACUCCUGCUGCUCGUCGUGGAUCCGGAGGUCCCCGCCGCCGUCGCCGCCGCACAAGAAGCCGGGCGGCGGCGGAGGGAGGGGGCGGUACGCUUGCCGCCUCGUGCCCCUGCUCGUGCUCACCGUGUACAGCGUCGUCACCGUGCUUCGCAUCCCCAGCUCCUCCCUCGUCGUCUCCACCGCCGAUUCAGAGCGCGUGGAAAGGCGGGAGGACCUGGAGGCGCUCAAGACCCACCUGCCGUCGAACCAGAACAGCCUCGAGGCCCGCGAGGAGACGCCGUCGGUCGCCUCCCUCCCCUGCUCCGCCUUCAUCAGUGGUGAGGCCGGGCAUGGCGAGGGAGAGGGCGUGCUGUGCUGCGACCGGAGCCACUACCGCAGCGACGUGUGCUACCUCCGCGGCGACGUGCGCACGGACCCGUCCACCUCGUCGGUGCUCCUGUACAACGCGCCCCGCGGGAGCGCCGCCGAGAAGGUGCGCCCGUACACGCGCAAGUUCGAGGACAGCAUCAUGAGCACCAUCGACGAGGUGACCAUCCAGCCCGUGGCGGGCGCCUACAACGCGAGCGCCAGCGCGAGCGACGGCGGCACCCUGCGCCGGCGGUGCGACGUCCGGCACCCGCGCGGCGUCCCCGCGGUGGUGUUCUCGACGGGCGGGUACACGGGCAACGUGUACCACGAGUUCAGCGACGGGCUCAUCCCGCUGUUCGUCACGGCGCAGCGGUUCGCCGGCGAGGUGGUGUUCGUGGUGCUCGAGUACCACUACUGGUGGCUGGGCCGCUACGGCGCCGUCCUUGAGCAGCUCACCAACUACAAGGUGGUGGACUUCCGGUACGACCGCCGCGUCCACUGCUUCGACGAGAUGAUCGUCGGCCUCCGCAUCCACGGCGAGCUCGUCGUGGACCCCAAGCUCAUGCCCAACGGCAAGAGCAUCAAGGAUUUCCAGGCGCUACUCCACCAGGGCUACAGCCGGACGACGUCGUCGGCGUCGCCGCCCGUGCCGCUUCCUCUGGCGCCGCCAUCCCGGCCGUGCCCGCGCCCGGCGAAGCCGAAGCUGCUCAUCUUCAUCCGGAAGCAGAACCGCGUCCUGCUCAACCUGCCGCACGUGGUGACGGCGUGCCGCCGGGCCGGGUUCGCGCCGCACGUGAUGAACCUGCGGCGGCAGACCCCGCUCCCCGUCAUCCACGCCGCGCUGGCGUCGGCGGACGCCAUGGUUGCCGUGCACGGCGCCGCCGUGACCCACUUCCUCUUCAUGCGCCCCGGCUCCGUGCUCCUCCAGAUCGUGCCCGUGGGGCUCGACUGGGCCGCCGACGCCUUCUACGGCAAGCCCGCGCAGCAGCUGGGGCUCGAGUACCUCGAGUACAAGGUGGCGCCCGAGGAGAGCUCGCUGGCCGCCGAGUACGGGCUCAACAGCACCGUGGUGCGGACGCCCUGGGUCAUCAGCAGCCGCGGCUGGUGGGAGAUGAAGAAGGUCUACAUGGACCGUCAGAACGUCACCGUUAACAUCAAGCGCUUCGGCGAGCUACUCAGGGCGGCGCGGACUCACCUCAAGAACACCACGGCGUGCUCCAAGGGCGCCGGCGGCGGCGCCACCGCGGCACUGAGGUAGAAGAUGCUAAUUGAGCUUGGUUGGUUAGGUGUUAAUUACUUAGUCACACUUGUCAAUUUCUUUGUGUUUUCGUCCUCUUUUUUUUGGCUGGGGAGAGAAGGGAGGGAGGUGGAUAAAAAGGAGACGAGAUCCUGUAAAUAUGAUUGGGUUGGUUCUUGGAUGAGAGAUUGGUGGGGAUCGAUCGCCUCCUUUCAUAGUGCAUUCGUUCGGUUCAUGGUGUUGCUAGAGCAGAAGCAGAUGAAGAAUAAUUUAUGGUAGGGGAGGCUCUCCUGAAACACCUUGUUCACACUAGUUCAUAGAGGUAUCAUCAGCUCUUUUUAUUUCUUUGGCCUUUUUUUUCCCUUUUUUUUUCUUUCUUCUCAUUCUUUGGGUGUCCAGAUGAUGUAUAAGAAACUACAUUCUGUAACAAAGAUCAAUAGAAAUCAAGACUCUCUUUUACAGA